AUGGAUCCUUUCGAUUGGGACGUCGACGCCGUUGUCGCUGCGGUCUCAGCGAAUGACGAGAAAAUUUCCAAUUCUUUGAGGUACAAUGAGGUUGACGGACGGGUGCUCCUAACUGUUUGCAACUAUGAACGCUUGAAGACCGACAUCGGUAUUAUCCCUCUGGGAAAGCGUGAGAAGAUUAUGAGGAAGAUUCAAAGUCUACGAAGGGAUAGCCCAAAGUACGAUGCGUACACACUAGAAGUUGCCAUGGCCACACCCUUGCCUGAUGACGAUGGAGAAACGGGUUACUACUCCUCACUCCAUGACAACCGCUUACAUGCUCCUCCGCGCUAUUUCUCAGAAACUCUAAUUAAGCCUCUUGUGCUCCCGGACUCUACGCCCUCUGUUCCGAGGAAGCGUAAGCUGCCUUUUAUCUUAGACAGCCCUAACGUUAAGCCGCGGGUUUCGGAGGCCUUAGAAGCUACUAGAAAUCCUCUACAAACCCCACCACUCCCCGGAGGCCCCAGAAAGGUUUUCAACCUUAUUUCACGUCCUGCCACUACUAGUCCGCUGCUUCUCCGCAAUCCGUUCAAGGUCUUCGAGGAUAGCAACCACGGGGACCUACCGCCGACCCCGGCUAUUAGGAUCGAGGAGAAUGGUGACAGCGCUAAUCCAGUGCCUUUCCGUACUCUCCCUCGCCCAGAAUCACUGCAUUCGGAUGGCGAUCCAUCCGAUGGUAGGAUGGAGAUUGAUAAUGAUUCCAGACGGGGCGGAGAAGGGGAGGUAGGCCAAGACGAAGAGGUUGUCGCUCCACCCUUGGAUACCGCAGAGUCGAGCGACACCGCCGAUGAGGAAGAUAGUGAGAUGGAUCCCGGAGGGCGGCAAGAUCGACACACAAGUAAAAUUGUUGUGUUACGACUGCCCUCCCUUAGACAAUCCACUCAGCAGAAACGACACUACCUCUUACCCAAGGCCGUUGGGGUAGACCAAAUUUUCUACAAUGUCGGGGUGGGUGAGGAGAUUCACCAGAGUGAUUCAGAUGACGAUAAUUUCGUUAUUGGUGAGUACUUCCCCCUUUUGAUUUUGGUAUGUUUCACUGAUUUAAAGUAUAUAGUGCCAUCUGAUAAACCCCCUGGGCUGCGACAGGUUGUAAACCGUCAAAUAUUCCACUUUUUAAGCGGGGCGGAGCGCGUCGCUGUGCUCUCGUCUACUGGCCAUCUCCGUGUUGGGGUCAAACCUUAUAAGGAAGGCCUUGUGCGCAAGCACCACCCCCAGUCCUGCACUAUCUACAAUGUCCGGCCAGACGAGUCUUGCCGUAUAUCCAGAGAGGCUGUUUCCAAAUCUAGUCUUCCUUGGCGAGGUCCCGGUGCCAAAACUCCGGCCUCGGAUUCCUCGACAGACAAACAAAUUGUCAAAUUUAUGGACAAGCCGAAUCACACCCAACCAACUCUUAACACCGCCGAUAACUCCAUUCAUGAUUGGGAUUACUUAACCAAAUGGCAAAACAUAGAGGAUGAUCACAUAUUGCCAGUAUUUGGCGAAUCGGGCUCUGAGAAUGAAGCCACUAUUUCAUACUGGAGAGAAUACGAGGCUGAGAAAGGGCCCCAACGGAAACAAUUGAGCAAAUCGAAGAAGAAACUCCCCCUUUCUGCCACAGAAAUACAAGAGGCGAUAGAUGAAGGGAUCAAGCUGAGGGUUGCUGAAUGGCACGCCAAAGUCCUACCCAAGAAGGAAGCCCAGUCGUUCCGGAUAUGGCAAAGCGCCAGAAGGAGGAAAGAGCGCAAGAAGACUGCUCAUGAAAAGAAGCAGAGAUUGGAAGAACUCAAUGAGAGGAUUGAGGCUCAGAGGCGGGAGAUCUCCGGUCUUAUUUGGUUGAGUAAGGAUACCGUCAAAGCACAGACUAAAAUUAUGUCCUUGUCAAUUCAUGAGCGCGAGUUAUGUCUCUGGCUCAUUAAUCUCAUGGAGCGCAAGACUCCGCCAGAAAGGCCCUCAAAGACUAUUCCGAAAGUCAAAGGUUUAGCCGACAAAUCGAAUGACGCCGAAGAGAGCCACGGUGAUGAUGGAGAUGAUAGCUGCGAUGAGAGUCUGGGCAGCGACGACAGUGAACCGGAUUAUGAGAGCGAAGACGAAGGUUUGGAUGGAUUUAUUGUUAGCGAUGAUGUGAGAGACUAUGUCGAUGGCAAAGCUAUACAAAUCGAAGGUGAGGAUGAGGUAAAUGAACAGCUCCGGCAGCAAGAAGAGGAGCGCUUGGAGGCUUUAAAGGAGCUUGUAGACUCAAGUGAGGGAGAAGCACCUGUAUCCACCAGGAGGAGGCUAGAGAGAGGCAGACGUGUUGUUCAAGAUGACGAAGUCGAUGAGGUGGUCGAUGUCAUUGCAGCUGCUCGUGAUCAUACCGAAUGUUCAGAUGCAGAAUUUCAAGAUGCUCGCGAGGGCCCACGAGAUAAGCAUUCUCCGGCUCCACGCUCGGGUUUACCGUCCAAGCCAAAAGGCAAGCGCAAAGGUGGAACCCGGUCUCCAACACCUACAGUCAAACAGGAACUUUCGUCUUCUCAGCAGAUUCCUAAUGAAAAUGGCCCAAUUCCCAUCAUCGACCUCACUCUCGAAGACACUCCCCCUGGGCUAAUGAAUCAAUUCAGAGCCCCAACGAGGCCUGCUCAACGGAAGAAUGUUGAAAUCGAGAUACAAGAACUUUCUGACGAUGAGCAAGAGACUCCGCUCGCACUUCUUACUCGUUUGGUUAAGGACAUUGGGCUCCGGGUGCAAGAAGCCCUGUUUUAUCGGAUGGAGGAAAACAAGCUUGCAAGUAAGUGUUUUUUUACCCCCCUUCUCAAAUACGUUUAACCUAAUAAUUUUUACGUACAGAGAUAUUUUCGCUUGUUAUAUCUGUGGCUAGGCAGAUCCACGUAGAGAAGCUCAAGUAUUAUACUGGCCUUGAUAGGUGAGUUUGGUUUAGUCCCUAUUCUCCCCUCUUCGACUGCUGAAUUUCUUUUAAUAGAUACAAUUCUGAAAUCUAUAGGGUACUCACGAAAUUGUACCUCUCUUGGCUCUUGGGUAAAGAAUUAUCUAAGCAUCAUAAGCUUAGCUCAGAAGAAAUUAAGAAGGCGGAAAGUUCAGCUCGCUUUAGAGAGUUUCGCACUAUUUUGCGAAGACUAACUCACGUCGAUGAUGUUCCACAUGUUGAAGGCGGUGGCGGAUCUGACCGUGACCAGUCGGGGAAUGGUGGAAGGGAGAGUAAUGUUGGCAGUAGGGGUAGUGUGAGUAGGGCUUCCAGGUAAGUGCAACAAAAACAAGGAAAUAUCCAGCUGCUUUUUGCCCUAACUACUUCAGAAACAGCUCUACUCAGUCUCCAGCACCGCAAUCAACCCCGAGUCAGAGAAACAAGGUUCGAAAGCCGGUUGAUGAAGAUCCUGAUGCCAGGGCCCUUCGAGAACGUGCUCUUAAGAAGCAACGGAACUUGAUGAACCGUAUCAGGAUUCAGGAGAGAUCCAGAAUUGCUCCAGAUCCUAAGAGAGUUGCAAUAAAUUUAGGAAAGUACAAGAAGUAUAAUGAUAUCUACUUCCAUCCUGAUUUCGCCGGAAUACUCAAGCCUCAUCAGGUUGAUGGAGUACGGUUUCUAUGGCAACAACUCGUUCAGAGUGGGGAAGGAAGGGGCGCACUUCUAGCACAUACCAUGGGUUUGGGGAAGACCCUACAGGUGUGAGUAAUGCCUAAUCAAUGAUUAACUGAAUCAUUCAAAUGUUAACUCAAUUUGACAGCAUCACCUUUCUUUAUACACUAGCCACUGCGACAGCGUCCAAACUGGAGGCCACUAUCGGCCAAAUACCAGAAGCUCUAAGGGAAUCAAAGACCCUUAUACUUAGCCCGCCCGGUCUGGUGGAGAAUUGGUGGGAUGAAUUCCAGAAGUGGUUGCCUCAAAGCCCGGAUAACCCCGACCAGCUUGAUCUUUCAGCAAUUGGACAGAUAUACCGAGCAGACUCUACCGUUAAUUUAGCUACGAGGCUGGGGACAAUAAUUAAGUGGGCCAAGGAGGGCGGGGUAUUGCUGAUGGGCUAUACUUCAUUCCGUAUGGAGAUCUCAAGAUCUAUGGCUCUAAAUAAUCACGCUAACCGUCUGGCAGGAAACCUGAUUGACAACAGGCCCCGGAAGAGUUCAAGUUCCCCAACACUCAAUAUCUCUGUAGACCGGCAUAGACAGAUUCGUGAUUACCUUCUGAAUAGUCCAAACAUCAUUAUUGCUGAUGAGGCUCAUUCGCUCAAAAACCCUAAGGCGCAAAUCAGUCAAGCCACCCGCCUCUUCCGCUCCAAAUCCCGAGUAGCCAUGACAGGGUCACCAUUAUCCAAUAACCUGAUGGAAUAUUGGACAAUGAUUGACUGGAUUGAUCCUGGAUUUUUAGGGCCUAGUAAGGAGUUCGAAGCCAAGUUUUUACACCCCAUACAGGAUGGGCUCUAUGCAGACAGUACUUUGAGCCAGAGGCGGUAUUGCUUGAAAAUGUUGACUGUUCUGAAAAAGGAUAUUGGCCCAAAGGUGCACAGAGCCGAUGUGAAGGUAAUUGAAAAGGAUCUCCCUCAAAAGACGGAGUUUCUGGUAAAGGUACCCCUGACGCCCUGGCAAGUUGAAAUGUAAGCUGUCAAAUUCUUUCCUUUAAUCUUUUUGAUGCUGACAUCUUCAACUGCCUCUAGGUACACCAAAUUCGUCAAUGAUCCAGAUGUAACGGGUGCUAUCGAGGGCAGCGAUGGUAAAGCUAAACCUGUAACCCAGUUCUUCGAUAUUGUUCACCUUCUCUCAUUGAUUUGCAAUCACCCAAUGUGUUUUGUAGAUACAAUUGAGGAGCGGGGCCAAAAAGCACAAGCAGCCGUCAGAAAGUACAAACAGUCGAAGCAAGAUAUCUUCUACCUAGAAGAUGAAGAGCUUCAAGAAUUGAUUGAUUUGGAUGACCUCUCUCCCAAUGAAGAGUUACUUGAGGGCGCAAACAAAAAGUACGCUUGGACCAAAGAGCUGGCCAGCAAAAUCGAAAACCCUCGAGCUUUAUUGCAUUCACACAAGAUGCAAUUACUAAAAAGCAUUGUUGAGCAUUCGAUCAAACUUGGAGACAAAAUCUUAAUUUUUUCUCAUGGUGUCUACACCUUGAAUUACCUCCAUAAACUACUUGAGGACUGGAACAUUAGCUUCCUUAGACUUGACGGAAAGACCAAGAUGAGUACAAGACAAUCGGCAACCAAAUCUUUCAACUCCGGUGGCAAUGAUGUGUUUCUCGUCUCUACUGAGGCUGGUGGAUUAGGGCUGAACUUGCCGGGUGCCAAUCGUAUCAUAAUCUUCGACUUCAAGUGGUCACCAAUGUGGGAGGAGCAAGCCGUCGGAAGAGCCUACAGGAUGGGUCAGAAAAAGCAUGUUUUUGUCUACAGGUUUCAUGCGGUUGGAACUUUUGAGGAUCUUAAGAGGAACAAGAUUCUUUUCAAGAGCCAGUUACAGUCCAGAGUGGUUGACAAACAAGAUCCGCUUCGAACGGCACACAAAGACUUCAGACAGUAUCUCCUUGAGCCUGCUGACAUUCCAAAAGAAGACCUAACUGAGUACCAAGGAAAGGAUCCUGUAUUGGAUAAGAUCAUGCAAAAGUAAUUGCUCACGGGCCCCUAACUCCGAAGUUACCAAAUUAGUUACUAAUUAAUUGUUUCAUAGCGUUGACUUCAUCACUGCUAUUCAGUACUCGGAGAGCUUCCAGCACGAUCCCGACGACGUCCUUACCGAACAGGAGCUUCGUGAAACAGACGAGAUCCUGAAGCAGAAUCAGAUGCAGCGCAAAGAUCCUCAUUAUCGGCAGCAUCAAUUCCAAGCUCCGGACCCUGUUGCCCAGCAAAUUGCGGGGGAGAAAAUAGCAGCAACAGCAAGAGAGAUGCAAUUCACCGGUUCCCCAAUUGUUCCGCAAUCAACUCGACCAAUUGUUAUCCCCCAGUAUGUUCCUCCCUCCUCUUCGGCGCCCGUUACCCCAGCAAUUCCUGCUGCCUCCCAUGCAACUGGCCAAGCACAGCCCACAAAGUUGGCUGCUGAUGCAGCGGUUCCUGCAACUGAAAGCGUUGCAGCUUCAUCCUCAGUCGCCCCAAGACCCAUCAGUAGUCGCUUCAACCUCAACAUUCAUGGCCAUCCGAGAGCUGGGUUCCCCCUAGCCGUAAAGCCAAGCGAGCCGAAUCCCGGAAGUAGCAGUAGACUUCCAGCAACUCCUGCAACACUCCAGACACCUACUGCCCCCAGUCCCGGGAUCGACAAAAUUCCGCCAGUGGGAUCAUUCCGUAACUUAAACAUCCGCGAGUAGAUGCCAGUGUCCCAUUGCUUCCUUUUGGAAAUUAUUCAUCAAACUACUCUAAUACGCUGGCUGGCUUCGAACUUUCAUGUUUUUGGUACCAUUCUCUCAUCUCACUCGGCGCUUUUCCUCGCUUUGUCGGCGAAAAAAAAAACCUCCCUAUGAUCUUCACCCAUUUCUCUUUUCUUUCAUUUCUGCUCUGCAAAUCACUUCUUUGUUAGCAAUGUCAUCGAGUUCUGGCGUUUCAAUGUCUGGUUAUGUUCUACCUGGCUUUCUCCUUGAUGCUUUGAGCGAUGGCUUGGCUUCUCUGUUGCUAUUUCUGUCUGGUAUCCUUUUGUUUCCAUACUUUUGUGCACGGGUUUUUGCAUUGUUAUACUAAUAGACUAACGACUAGAGGCUGGUUUGGGUCAAUGUUAUGUUUUCCUUUACUCUAUAUCGUCGUGGUUGGUGUUGUGUAGGGAUCAGGAAGGUUGCAAGAGGAGGAAUGGAGGAAAGUUGAGUGGAGUGCACGGAACUAAGAAACGGAAAGAUAAGGGAGCGUUUGGGACAGAACGGGUUAGUUGGAGUGGAAAGGUGGAUGGACAACGAUCAGAUGGAGUGGAGGGACAGACGGAAUAAAAACAAGUCACCUUGUUGCUCUCCGACACUGUAUCAUUUCGACUGGUUCCACCAACGCCUAUUGUCCUCCGGACCGGCCGGUUGGUAGAUAUUUUCCGUCUCAUAGCUACUCAAUGCAAAGGACAUUCUUCCGCUUACCUCUUUCCAUUUAGCUAUUUAUUUUAUUCAUUCAUACAUCUUUAGUUUCCCCCGUUCAGUUACUAGCCAGGUCUAGUCUCCUUGCGAACCCAAAUGUUCUGUUCCUGGGUUCUAUGGUAAACCCUUUUUUCCUACUCUAUUGCUUGCAUCCUAGUUUAUAAAACCAUUUCGCUGAAUUGCUACAUUUCUUGUUUACGCUUUGCUUCCAUUUGUUCUAUACCGACAACCUCCCGCAUGCAAGUCACUCUCCCAACUCGUCCUCUAAAUACUCUUUCUUCUCUUGCCUCCUUCUUUCCUUCUUAAAAUCUCAAUAUAUCAACUGUGCCUGCUGUCCCUUCCGAUCUCA